UAAUCUGACAGGCCGGAUUGAAUGAGAAACUUUAGUACAAAUCAGAUUAUAUAAUCCGAAAUAUUUUCCAUAUAUUCAUCUAUUUUUCCCCGAAUUUCGUCUCAGAUAAUCUCCUUAUCUCAACGUGUUUUACGCUGAUUCGAUUCAAUGUAAGAAUUUCGAUUUACACCAACAGAAAUUUUCUGAUAAAGUCAUGGUUGCUUCAAAAAUCACUGACGUCAUCAAUGCCGAUGUCGCCGAUAAUGCAUCGCCGGCGUUAGGUUGCUCUUCAUCGGUUCCUUGCUCGAUUUGUUUCGAUUUAGUCAUCGAUGAAGGGGAGAGGUCCACAGCCAAGCUUCAAUGCGGCCACAAAUUUCAUCUUGAUUGCAUAGGAUCGGCUUUUAAUUCCAAGGGAACAAUGCAAUGUCCAAACUGUCGAAAGGUUGAGAGUGGCAGAUGGCUGUUUGCAGAUGCAAUUUCUGAGACUAGUGCAAGAGACUGGAUGCCAAAUGAGGGCCCACAUGACUUAAGCUACUCCAGAAGGCCAUUUGGUUUUCACUGGUGUCCUUUCAGUGGAUUUACAGUUCAUUCAUCAAUUGAGGAAUCCGAACCUUCAUUAAAUACAUUUACUAACUUUCAGGCAAACCAUCCUAUGAUUAUUGACCAUACCCCUUCAGCUCCCUCUUAUAUUUCAUAUUUUCAACCAAGUGAACAUGCUAAUAAUUUCCAUCAUCCCUUGAAUUCCAUAUCUACCCCUCGUGCCACUAACAUCCAACACCCAGCUUGGGGGUGGAACUGUCAUUUCCUUCCUUACAAUGCGGACAGAGACCAUGGUAUUCCUGCCACAUUGAGAUCCACCUCUUUUCUUCAUCCACUGCACUAUAAUACCCAACAGAGAUUGCGUAUGGUGUUGCCAGCUGUCAGCAAUCGAGGUAAUCAUGAUGGUAGGCGUGGGUUCUACAUACAUGAGCAUGAACAUGAACAUGAACAAAGUUCCUACAAUUCUUAUUAUCGUACACAUGAAAGAGAGUAUGACUCAUCACAUGUUCCCAUCAUGAACAACCCCUGGGGAUCAGGAUCAGGAUCAUUUCAUCAUCGGACUCACUGGUCUUAAAAAAAAUAAAAUACUUUCACAAAUUUUACAAACACAAACAGUUAUAUAUAUAUAUAUAUAUAUAUAUAUAUAUAUAUAUAUAUAUAUAUAUAUAUAUAUAUAUAUAUAUAUAUAUAUAUAUAUAUAUAUAUAUAUAUACACACACAAUUGGUAACCAGGGAGAACUUUGUAAUUUUGUAUAUUUCUAUGUGUUGAUAUUGUGAAAAACGAUAUAUUUGUAAUUGUAUGCCCUUACAAUGAGGCGGAGAUAGUAGCCAUUAGAUUUGA